AUGGCGUCAAACGAGAAAGAGAAGGUGGUCAUCGUGGGUAGUGGCUGGGCAGGCUACACUCUGGCCUACGGCCUCGACCACAGGAAGUACGACAUGACGGUCAUUUCCCCGGAGAAUUCCUUCGCUGUCACUCCUUUGCUUGCCAGCGCAGCCUGUGGACUGUUUGAUUGUCGUCUGGCCCAUGAGCCAAUUCGACGCAAGGACCUCCACGCCAAAUAUAUGAAGGCCUACGUGACCGACAUCGAUUUCAAAAACCAGAUCGUGUUCUGUCGACCGGCAUUCGAACAGCUGAAAAAUGAGCGACUAGAAGUCCCUUACGACAAAGUCAUCAUCGCUCCAGGUUGCACUACCAAUACUUUUGGCGUACCUGGCGUGGAGAAACACGCUAUAUUCGUGAAGAACGUGGCCGAUGCCAACAUUGUCCGCAGUCGGCUCAACGAUAACCUGGAGAUGGCCUCGCUUCCUUGCACUCCGGAGGCAAAACAGAGGCAGUUGUUGCACGUUGUCAUUGUCGGUGGCGGUCCCACCGGUAUCGAGAUGGCGGCCGAAUUGACAGACCUCUUUGACGGGGAUCUGGGGGCGCUUUACCCAGACCUAAAGGGCAAAACCUCAGUGGCUGUCCAUGAUGUCGCGCCUCAGAUCUUGUCUCCUUUUGACCGCAGGCUUCAGGAAUAUGCCACCCAGACGCUGCGCAGCCACAAGGUCGAGAUCAAGGUCAAUUCGCACAUUACAAAUGUGACGGCCGACACUAUCGAGACAAGGGAGGACGGCGUGAUCGGAUACGGCAUUCUCAUCUGGGCCACCGGAAACAAGGCCAGACCGCUGGUCGAAGAUCUGAAGACGUUGAAGUCUGAUCACGGUCUGAAGCGAAUUCUCACAAACGACAAUCUCCAAGUUCUGGCCCCGGACGGCACCGUGAUCCCCAAUGCGUAUGCCUUGGGCGAUGCUGCCGAUAUCGAGGGGGGCAGCCUGCCGACCACCGCUGAAGUGGCCGUCCAAAAGGCGGAUUAUCUGGUGAAACAUCUGAAUUCAGGGACCUUUACGAGGCCGUUUAAGUACCAGCAAAGGGCACUGGUGACCUACACAGGCCGCAGGGACGGCGUCAUAGGAGGGAAGCACGACUACACGGGCUAUGGUGCUUGGCUGAGCUGGAGGUCUGGAAACUUCUUCUGGACUCGCUCGUGGCGUCGUAGGAUCCUGAUGUGCUUUGCAUGGCUCAUGGACUGGAUCGACGGUCGUGAGAUUAUUCGCAACUGA